AUGGAAUCGACGGCGAUGUACAACGAUUACCUUCAGCAAUGCCAGUCCACUUUCACGCAGCUACCGAGAAACACCACUCCAUUCUUCCCCGCUUUUGAGCAAGCAAAUGCCACAAUCCCCGCCAACGCGGACUUCCUCUUCGUACCGCUAUAUCUCAAUAACGCUACGUGGUCCUAUUCUGAAACUAAGGACAAAUUCAUAAACGAGUCUCAGCACAACUCGUCGCUGUGCAGUCUGGCUUCCACCACUACGGCCUCAAGUACUGCAGUCUCGUUGCCAGUGACUGCUGCUGCAACAGCAAUCACGUCAGUCGCGCUCAAUGGAUCGGAGCCGUACCAGACAGCUCCCGGUGCAAAUGCCAGCUCGAGUGUGGAGAAAAGCCGCUCCGUAUCUGCGGGCACGAUCGCCGGAAUAGUGGUCGCUGGAGUAUUGCUGCUCGGGAUCCUCCUGGGAGCUUUGUGGUACGCCCGGAGGCAAAGGCGCAAGGCGGAGCCAUACGUAUCCCGUCGCGAUGAGAUACAAGGGGCGAGCGGGGACGACAAGGAGCGGCCUAAAUCUGCGGGGGCUCGGAAAGCAGGAGCAUAUCUAUCCGGGAUGUCAAUCACCCCCCUCCUCAGCCGCCGCGCAGGCUCUCCUGCAACGAAUAGCUCUAUCCCUCCCUCGAUCAAUUUCUACCCCGACGCCAUGGUGCGGCAAGGAAAUGGCGGACGCGCAUCGCCGCGCCCGUUUUCCGCAGCCUACUCCGAAACCCUGCCCGGGUACACUGGGUGGGAUAGGAAGUCGAUAGGAGAGAAGUCGAUAGGAGAGAAGUCGGUGGUCAGCGAGCGCACGGACUCGCGCGUCCAGUUAUCCACGGAAGACUCGCCGGAUCCGUACAUGCCUCUCCAGCCCUUGCGGUUAGACUCGAAGGAGUGA